CGUCAAUUUCAUAAAUAUAACCUAAAAAUUUAAUAUUUUAUUUAUACCCUUUUAUACAUAAUCGUAAUUAUAACAAAAUGGGAUUUCUGACAGUGCUAAAGAAAAUGAAACAAAAGGAGAAGGAAAUGAGACUAUUGAUGUUAGGCUUAGACAACGCAGGAAAGACAACGAUUUUAAAAAGAUUCAACGGCGAACCGAUUGACACAAUUUCACCAACAUUAGGAUUCAACAUUAAAACUCUCGAACAUAAGGGUUUCAAACUAAACAUUUGGGACAUUGGAGGUCAAAAAUCUCUCAGGUCAUAUUGGAGAAACUACUUUGAAUGCACAGAUGGUCUUGUAUGGGUAGUGGACAGUGCAGACAAAAGACGCCUGGAAGAUUGUAAACAUGAGUUAUAUAUUCUGUUACAAGAGGAGAGAUUGGCUGGAGCCACACUGUUAAUUUUUGCUAAUAAACAGGAUCUUCCAGGUGCUUGUUCAAUGGAUGAAUUAAAAGAAAUACUGGAGUUGGAUAGUAUUAAAACUCAUCACUGGAUGAUUAUUCCAUGCAGUGCUGUAACAGGAGAUAAUUUAUUAAAAGGUGUAGACUGGAUUGUUAGUGAUAUUUCUACAAGAAUAUUUACAUUAGAAUAACUCGAGCUUAUUUUUUAUAUACAUUCUUUCAUACAUACAAAUCACCAUUAUACUUACCUUGUGAUAAUCUAUGACUAUUUUUACUUUGUUUUAAUGAUUAAAUAUAAUUUAUGAAUCAUUA